AUCGUUCUCCACCCCAGGCUAUUUGUUGACAGAUUCAAUGCCAUGACCAAAGGUGGCAGUAUUGGCACACCUCCGUCUGUAAGGAGACAUCGGCCAGGAUUGAGCCGCAGCGCAGCGGCUUGUGAGCGCUGCCGGCGACGGAAACAAAAAUGUGACGGAAGAACCCCAACCUGUGGCCCCUGUCAGACUGUCGGGGCAAACUGUGUGCCAUCACGCCGACUAGUUGUCCAGCCGGGAAAUCGCGAGUGUGAAUGUGAAUUGCUGCGAGAUCGAUUGGUCUCCCUACAGCAGGACUAUGACUCUUUAGUGCUCCAACUCGAUCAGUUAAGAGCCGAGAAACGUUUCGAAGUUGAAAAGCAGCCCGAGCCCGUCCAGUUUGAUACUGCUGUCAUUGACUUACCCCCAGCUGAAGCUUUUCAUACACCACACGAACGUGCGGUACCUACUGCCGUUCGUGCUCAGCCGCAACUGGUCAAUUCAAUUCAGAAUUCUGAUUUAUCGUACACAGGCCGCAUCCUGCGACCGACUUUCGCACCACAGCCUAAUUUCCGAGAUGCGUAUCGCAGUGCGCUAAGUAGCGCUUGGGAUUUAUGGGGUGAUGAUUCGACAAGCACAGAGCAGUUUGUGGUCAAUAUGAACUCUCAAAAUGCUCCCGCGCCGGCUGGCCUCGAUGACGCAGCGUUUCCCACCCUGGUCGAUGUAUUUUUUGAACGGCGGUGGCCAUACUUGCCUGUUCUGCAUCGACCAAGCUUUGUAAAGGACCAUUUCAAUCCGUUCAUUACUAGGUCAGUAUCAGGACCGGUUUCAAGCUUUCUGGUGAACAUGGUCUGUGCAAUUGCCGCGACAGAGAAAGCCCCAACUCGGCAAGGGAAUGCCGACCACCGUAUUUUCUUCAACCGAGCAAUACAGGUCCUGCACAUUGUUAUCCAGGCUGAUGACUUUGAGUGCGUGCAAUGUCUACUUCUGUUAUGCAUGUACGGCCACAAUGAGCCGCAGUCAGUCAAUAUGUGGUACACGACUGGCCUCGCGUUGCAGUUAGCUUUAGGAAUCGAUCUUCACCGCAAGGAAAGUUUGAGUGGUUUAAAUGUGCGUCGGGCAGAAAUGUCAAAGCGCGUCUUUUGGUGUGCGUAUGUUAUGAGUUGCAGCAUGGCGAUCAAUAUGGGCCGCCCUCUAGGGAUUCAGGAAGACGAUAUCACCACACCGCUGCCCCUGCAACUGACGGAUGAGCAACUCGACGAGACGUCAGGCGCAUCUGACCCGCCACUGGUACCACAAGUGUCGGACACAUCGACGUUUAUACAUAUCAUUCAGAUACGAAAAAUCAACGCCAGAGUAUACGGUUCGUUUCAUUCCAUCGGCCGGACAAGGUCUGAUCCGACCGACCUCGCGGCGACUCGCAACUCUUUCUUUUCGGAAUUAAAUCACUGGCUGAUUACUGCCCCGAGAUACGUUCGUACCGUUUCUACAUUCCAAUCUCAGGAGUGGUUUCAGAUUGCGUUCCACCAUGCUGUCUUAUCGCUCUAUCGCCCCUCCCGUGCGGUUCCGAUGCCAUCUUCCGAGGACCUUCGACUAUGCAUGGAGUCCGCCAUCGGAUUGAUCAAUUCAUAUAGCUCUCUAUACGCACGCAAUCGGAUAAAGUAUACAUUUGUUGCGAUCCACUCACUGUUCAUGGCUGCGGUAACGAUGCUCUAUGCUCUCCGAGCAUCACCUGUGUUGCGCCACGAGUUGACCAAGCCAGUCGUGCAGACGAACAUCCUCACGUUUCUCACUCUCUUUAGGGGCAUAUCGAAUGGGCGUGCAGUAGGAGAUAAGUGCUCGUCAAUUAUCGAACGGUUGGGCAACUCCAUAUUGACCCUUUUUGAUGCAAACGAUAGCCCGGGCGUGGAAUUGGACCCGGAGUUUCAAUCAUGGUUUGGGCUACAAACGCAUACAUUCCCCACACCUAGCCCAGGGAAUUUGGUUGAAGGCUUAACCACCGGACAAGAACAUUUGGACUUGCCGGAUAUUCGAGUUGACCUUCCUUGGAUGGAUCUAUUUACUGAGGGUGUCGGUCUGAGCUCGACGGACGCUUGGAGCUUUCUUUCGUAGGCGGCCAAUAAAACACUCCAAUACUAUUAACAUGGCAACAUCUUUGCCAGCGGCUUCCGAAGGCAGCAACGCUAUCAGAAUCUUGGGAGUGAGCUCCGAUUUCGCCGUAAAUCAGACAGUC